UGUAGUGAGGAUUUGUAGUACAGUGUAGUUUAUACCUGCGACUGGGAAGCAGCCGGAAGAGAUCGAGUAAAUCUAAAGUACUGACACUUCCGGCUGCAUUCUCAACAAAUUUAGUGUUAGUUUGUAUUUAAACUUGAGUAUUACCUGAUUUAGUACCCACGCAUCCUUUGAGCAGGUGAGGCCUGGCACAUUCGCCACCCACCAGUCAAACUUUAUGUUACAUAAAUCUGGUUUAUCAAAGUGGUAAAAUAAUUCAUUAUAACAGUCAGUGUCGUCAGUGAUAAUUUAUAAUGGCAGAUACUCAAAAAAGCGGCUUAAAAAUCAUAGAUCCUGUUCAGGAUGCGAUGGGAAUCAUGGGGCCUUGGCAAAUAAUGAUAACCAUAGCAAUUUCUCUCAUAAAUUUUCCCGCUGCGUGGAAUCAACUCGCGAUAGCUGUGAUCGCGCCUGGACAAAAUUUCACGUGCAUAUCGCCAGCGCCAAUCAAUCCCAAUGAUUCAAUGAUCAAAGCGUGUCUUGUAAAAGUAAAUCAUACUUUACCAGAAGUAAAAUGCACUGAAUUUACUUAUGAUCAAAGUGUUUUCAAAUCUACUAUCAUAAGUGAGUGGGAUUUAGUAUGUGAUCGAAAAAUACUAUUGAGUUUAGUACAAUCGUUAACACAACUGGGAAUUCUUAUUGGUAAUAUGGUAUUUGGUAUAUAUGCUGACAAGGUCGGGCGGAAAACUCCAUUGAUGAUUGCAGUGGUAAUUCAAGCUGUGACAGGAAUCAUAACUGCAUUUAUGCCGCUCUAUGAAUUAUUUUUGUUCUUUAAAUUCAUUUCCUCCAUUGCCACUGGUGGUACUAUGCUAAUUAGUUUUGUCAUUGUUAUGGAAAUCAUUGGUGUCGAAACGCGUUCAAAUAUAUUGACACUUUUUCACAUACCGUUUGUACUAGGAUUUUUAUGUGUACCAUUAUUUUCUUAUUUAACAAGGACAUGGGAUGGCUAUUGGUUGACAAUAUCUAUUCCGGCAUUUACGUUAUUGUCGUUUUACUGGCUGAUACCCGAAUCUCCACGCUGGUUAUUAGCUGUCGGGAAAGUUGAACAGGCACGGGAAGUUUUGGUAAAAGCGGCUAAAAGGAACAAAAUAUCUGAAGAUAAAGUCACUGCGGCAAUUGUAGCUCAUGAAAAUUCAUCAACAAAAGACACCAACACCUUCAAUGAUAACGGUAGUGAACAUAAAACCUACAAUGUAAUAGAUUUAGUGCGAACGCCAAACAUGAGGAUAAAAACUCUGUGUAUUGUUUUCAAUUGGUUCAAAUGUGGGAUGGUCUUCUUUGGUAUCGAACACUAUCUCGGUCAUUUGAGUGAAAAUGUGUUAAGUGAUCUCGCUAUUUCAGCUGCAUUCCAAUUCCCAGGACUACUACUCGUUUAUAUUUUGAUAUCACGCGUGUCACGUUUGAAAAUUUUAAUAGGCGCAAACGUUUUGUCGGGAAUAAGUUUACUGUUAAUUGUUGCAUUUCAUGAAAAUGAUACUGUUAAACUGGUACUAGCCACAAUAAGUCUUACCUGUAUGACUGUCAGCUUCCCUACAAUUUUCCUGUAUACCGGAGAGCUGUUUCCGACAGUCGUAAGAAAUAUUGGAUUUGGAGUUUGCAGUGUCGCUUCGAAAUUAGGCAGCAUGGUUGCACCAUUUUUAAUUGACAAUAUUGAUGAUUUAGCUGUUUGGAUAGUACCAGUUAUUUUCGGUCUUGGUCCUGUCCUCGGUGCCAUUCUCUGCUACUGGUUACCAGAAACAAUGGACUGUAAAUUACCCGAGACUAUUGAGGACGGAGAAAAUUUCAAAAAGCAAAGAAAGCGAACUUCAGCGAAGUGUCCAAUUUAAAUCAUUAAUGUAACAUAUGUAUAUUUGUAUAUUUGUUUGUCACAAUAAAAGUGUUUUAUUUUACAUUUCUAUAGUAAUUAUU